AUGUAAUAAACUAAAAGAUUAAAUCAAUUUCUAUAUCAUUAGUUCAUGAUUCAACAGAAUCUAUCUGACUUAAAUUAGCAAGUUCCAUAAGGAAGAUUUAUAUAGAAGAAUUUAUAAAUUAAAAGUGAAAGAGGAUAAGGUUUCUAAAAUGGAUUUAGAUUAGAAGUUAGAUAUUGUUAUAGUAAAUUUAUAUUAUAUUGA